GAGCACGUACUGGCGCCUGCGUUGCGUAGCGGCGAGCGAGAGGCGGGGCCUGCACUUCACUGCAGGCAGGGGGGGGGGCCUCCAGCUGGCCGGUGUGCGGGGGGAGGGAAGCAUGCGAGCAUGACUCUUUGAAGUGGAGCGAUUGAAGGCUGUCCAAGCUUCUGCGGCAUAUGCUGGCGAUGGUACUCGACCUUCCGUUCGUUGAGGAUCGAAUUUCCAGGGAAAGUGUCCCAGCCGAGCAUCGGCCCUCGGCUCUGCUUAGCAUUUAUUCGCGUGCCUCGCCUCUCUUCAGUGAGCAAGUUGCAGCAGCUUAUUGACUGAGUGGGUGUCAGAGUCUGUUUGUCUGUCUGAGCAGCGCGAGCCCUCCUUCCUUGCAUCUGGAUCCCGCAGGCAGACACGCGACUCCUUGACUCCUUUCAUAAUCGGACACCUCCUGCCCACCCCGAGUGCUUCGAGACGGAAGCUGGCAAGAAGUCUGCUCCACUUCUUAGGAUUUUCGCGGGGCCAAGAAUCCGCGCUGAGCGGCCUGCUGUGCGUGCUGCAAGAAGAAUCGGAGAGCGUGGACGAGGCGCUGGUGCAGCUGCCGCGAGCGACGGACGGAAGCGCCGCUGCGAAGGAAGCAGAUCUGGGAGAGCCGGCGACCAUGGCCAACGAAGGCGAUGCGGCUGUCGUCGCCUCCAGCCCCACCAACGGGUCGCUCAGCGCCGGCAAGCCCGAUGCGGCGCCCGCAGCCCCCGCCAGCAAGCCCAAUGGCGCCCUGCACCCGCUCAAGUAUCCGCGCAUUGCUAGCACCUCCCUCAGCAAGCGCAUUAUGACUUCCAUGUCGCGACGAUCCGUCGCCGCGCACCCCUGGCACGAUUUGGAAAUCGGUCCUGAUGCGCCCACCAUCUUCAACAUGGUUGUUGAGAUCGGGAAAGGUGGCAAGGUCAAGUACGAGCUGGACAAGAAGAGUGGGCUCAUCAAGGUCGAUCGUGUGCUUUACUCGUCGGUGGUCUACCCGCACAACUAUGGAUUCAUCCCCAGGACUCUCUGCGAAGACAACGACCCCAUGGACGUUCUCGUCCUGAUGCAGGAACCUGUUCUUCCAGGCUGCUUCCUGCGCGCGAAAGCCAUCGGACUCAUGCCCAUGAUCGAUCAGGGCGAGAAGGACGACAAGAUCAUCGCGGUCUGCGCGGACGAUCCUGAGUACCGUCACUACACUGACAUCAAGGAACUUGCACCCCACCGACUUGCUGAAAUUCGUCGCUUUUUCGAGGACUACAAGAAGAACGAGAACAAGGAAGUGGCUGUUGAUCAGUUCAUGGGUGCCGAGCAUGCUGUAGAAGCUAUCAGCCACUCGAUGGAUCUGUACGCUCAAUAUAUCGUCGAGAGCCUCAGACAAUAGAUGAUAAAGGAUGGCGGUUCCGGUCAUGUCAGGAGGUAGUCCUCCCUGUUCACGUGGCUGUUGGUCACUGUUGCACGAAUAUUAGAACUUCGUGCAAUUUUCGGCAAGCACAACGUAUUUGCUCACACGAAGUUCCGCUGGUGGGGGCACUGUUCUCAGGAUCAAGUCGUCACCUUCGUUUAACAGCUGUACUGCCGCGAGUGCCCACGGUUGAGUUAUUCUGUAGGUCCUGCUAGGAAAAUUCGGCUGUCAGUAACGCUUAGAGACAAUCCUUGCUCAAUUUCCAGGGGUUGAAGAGAUUAUCUGCCUCCUCCAUCUUAGGCACGUAUUGCUUGAGGACAUGCAUUUCACGAAGAUAAACUCUCGUAUCAUUUGUACUCGAGAUACAUAGUGGACGAGCAUAGCUGUAUAAUAACAUUCCAUCAGCCUGGCAGCGCCAGAAUAGAUUCGAUAUUUCAAUUUUAAGUUAUAAUUCGCUCUCAACACUAUAGUCAUUUAUCUGCUGAGGUCACGAAUCUCUUCCACAGGAGAGGUUGCACCGAAUUCUUAUUGUCACGGGAUUCUACUUAAUAAAGGUUUGCGUACCUAUACGAUUCACAAUC